AGUUUCACACAUUAUGCAACUUUUGUACAAGAUGGCGUCCCGGUCAGCGUGGAUCGCCCGGCGUUUCGCGAAAUCUAACCUCCACGGCAAACAAAAGGUUUUAAGAAGUUGUUCAUAUGUACCUGCAUUUCGUGGAGAAGUGAAAUCACAAGGAGAUGUUAGAAAAAACGAGCAUGCUCUCCAGAUUCUCCAUCUGAACUGUUCAGGUUCUGACGACAGAUCUUGGACUGGUAUUGGAUCUGAGACGUUUUUCAAAUCAUACAAAAAAAUUUAUCCACAUCACAAAAUCAAAGAGAUUAAUUUAUGGGACAAAGAUUUACUAAAGUAUAAUCUUUCUCACGUUGCUAGUAAAAUGAGGAUGGUUUCUGGGGAAGAACAAGCAGGCGACAAAGAAAAUCUCACUGCCGUUGAAGAUAUGAUCACAACGCUAUAUUCUGCUGAUAAAUUAGUGAUUUCAAGYCCAAUGUGGAACUACGGUGUCCCGUACGUCUUGAAACAGUACAUUGAUUGCAUUGUUCAACCUGGUUUGACAUUUCAAGAAACCCAAAAUGGCCCCAGGGGACUAGUGACGGGCAGGCCAUUGUUAUUAAUUACAUCAUCAGGUGGAGACUACACCAAGCCUGGCAUGGUUCAUUUGGACUUUCAAGUUCCUUAUCUAAAGGUUAUAUUUGCACUGAUAGGUUUUACCAAUGUGCGCCAUAUUUAUAUCAAGAACACUUCACAUGACAAAAGAGAACAUUUAUUACAACUUAUUUAUAAGUCAGUAUCUCAUGAAGUGAAGCAGUUUUAAAUCAAAUCAUUAUUAUAUCUGCAUUUUUUAUAUUUAGUUUUAUUUUCCUUAUUGUCUAAUAAGAACUACUAGCCAGAAAUGUUAACUUUUGAUGGAUCAAAUGGUGUUCCUGCAAAUGGAGAACCCUUUGCAUCCCAAGCCUGUUUCAGCAAAUCAUGAGUUUUCUGCAAAAACAAAGAAGAGCAUGUACAAUGAAAGAGUUCUUUAACAAACAGAAAUAAGUCAGGUUACAGCAGCAAAUUUUAUAAAGAAAAAUAAAUGGUGAUGUAGAGAUGAAUGGGAAUGAAUAAAAAAAUAAGAUACCUGUUCUUUA